AUGCCUAGAAAAAGAACUCAGCUUUCACGACAGACAGCUACGGCAAAACGGCUGCGACUUUUGCGCAGCAAUGAAACAGCGGAUGAAACUAUGCAUAGGUUGGAUACUCAACGAGCGAUCAAUGAACAAAACCGUGCUAGAGAAACUAGCGUUGAGCGUUCGCAGCGAAUUCCCGAACUUUGGCAAACCGUGAACGGGAAUCAAGUGCUGAGCGUUCUUAACGUCUGGCUUCACAGAAUACACGAACUUUGGCAAACCGUGAACGGGAAUCAAGUGCUGCACGUUCCCAACGUUUGGCUUCACAGAAUUCCCGAACUUUGGCAAACCAAUGCCCGAACUUUGGCAAACCGCGAACGGGAAUCAAGUGCUGACUGUUCUCAUCGAUUAGCUCAGCAAAAUGCACGAUCAGCAAGGAAUAGAACCCGCAGGCAACAUAAUUCAUUGAAUUCUGCAUCUGCUUAUGAUUGUACUCUUGACUAUGCUGAGCUAAAUGAUACUGAUAUUGGCAGAAUGGAUAAUAUAUGCAAUUUAUGCCAAGCAAAAAAAUGGGUAGCUGAAGCUCCUGGACUAUGUUGUAGUGGUGGCAAAAUGACUUCAUUUGGAGCCAAAGAAAUUCGUGAGGGAAACUUUAUGCCCACUUUUAAAGUCCAGGGUCAAGUUUAUCAUUUGAUCGGUAAUUUACUUCCAGCUGAAGGUGCACAACCAGAAUUUUUACAAAUAUAUUUUGUUUCUCAUGCAGAUCAGGUAUCUUUGCGCUCAAAUAUUAACCCAACCUUGCAAACCGACCUUAUCGACGCUCUACAAACGUAUCUUCACGAUCAUAAUACGUAUAUUCAAAGUUUUAAAUAUAAUCUCGAAAAUAGACCAACGGAUGAUUUGAAACUUAUUAUUCAUGCUGAUGUGAAACCUCAUAACGGGCAUCGAGGUCGGUAUAAUGCACCCAUAGUAGAUGAAGUAGCUGUUUUUUUGAUAGAUGAAGACAAAGGUCCCCGAGAUAUUGUGUUAAAUGCGAGAGAUGGUCGACUUCAACGAGUUUCUGAAAUUCAUAGAUCUUAUGACCCACUUCAAUAUCCUUCACUGUUUCCCUUUGGAAAUGACGGAUACUGUAUAAAUAUUCCACAGCAGAAUACUGCUGCUAGAUCUAAAACUGUAUCAUGUAUGCAGUUUUAUUCCUUUAGACUCAUGGUUAGAAGUAAUGACUUUAACAGCAUUCAUUAUUUCAAAGGGUUAUUCAACCGAAAUUGUGUUGAUAUGGCAGCAAAAAUGAUUUCUGAGAGGCUUGACUUUAUCAAAAGAAAUCAAAAAAAAUUGAGAGCAGAAGAGUACAUUCAUUUAAGAGAUGCCGUGGUUGAUGAUGGCAAUAUAAACGCUUCUAACAUUGGCCAGCAGGUUAUACUGCCGUCGUCAUUUACAGGAUCCCCCAGAUACAUGAAUGUGAAAAGUCAAGAUGCCAUGACAUAUGUUAGGAAGUUUGGAAGACCAGAUCUCUUUAUUACAUUCACAUGUAACCCCGAAUGGCCAGAAAUAAAAAUUGAAUUAUUACCUGAUCAAAAUUCUUACGACAGACAUGAUUUGGUUUCUAGAGUAUUUCAUGUAAAACUCAAGAAAAUGAUAGACCUAUUAACGAAGAAAAAUAUCUUUGGACCAUCGAAAGCCUUCGUUUACAGCGUAGAAUGGCAAAAAAGAGGUUUACCUCACGCCCACAUUUUAUUGUGGCUGGCGAACAAAGUACAACCAGAUUCUAUAGAUGCAAUAAUAUCGGCUGAAAUACCUGAUGAACAGCAAGAUCCAAUUCUUUAUAAUAUUAUCAUAAAAAAUAUGAUACAUGGUCGUUGCGGAAUUCACAAUCCUGCAUCACCAUGUAUGAAAGAAAACAUUUGUUCUAAAAAGUACCCAAGGCAUUUUAUUUCUGAAACACAAACCGGGGAUGACGGUUACCCAACUUACAGGCGCAGGUCUCCAGAUAAUGGUGGAAACACCGCAAUAAUUCGUGUGAAAGGUACAGAAAUGAGCGUGGAUAAUAGGUGGGUUGUGCCAUAUAAUCCAGUGCUAUCACGAAGUUUCAAUGCACACAUUAACGUAGAGUUUUGUCAAUCGGUCAAAGCUAUUAAGUACAUCUGUAAGUAUAUUCAUAAAGGCUCUGAUCAAGCCACAUUUUCUUUACAAAAUAAUAAUGAUGAAGUAGAAAAAUAUCUAAAUGGUCGCUAUAUAAGUUCCUCAGAAGCGCUCUGGAGAAUUUUCCAAUUUCCUAUUCAUGAACGUUUUCCGGCAGUAGUUCAUUUAGCAGUUCAUUUGGAAAAUGGACAAAGAGUUUAUUUUUAUGAUAAUGAAAAUCUCCAAGAUCGCGUCAAUAAUACUUCAUCAACGACACUGACAGCGUUCUUUGAUCUUCGUAAAAGAGAAGAUUUUGCAAAAAAAAUUUUGUAUCACGAAGUACCCCAGUAUUACGUAUGGGAAAGAAAUUCAUUUUCAAGAAGAAGACGUGGGCAAGAUGUUGAAGGAUAUCCCGGUGUAAAAAAAGACAUAACUUUAGGCCGUGUUCACAACAUUCAUCCAACAUAA